CUCAAAAUCCCAAUCCAGGAAUUAGGAUUCGAUUAAACAAAAACAUGGGUCAUAGCUUUCCAGCACUAGUAGUGGCUGUAACCACAUGUGUAAUAAGUUCAGUCCAUGGUGCAGCCCCUCCGAGUCCUAGUCCAGAUGCAGUGGCGAGUGAGUUUCUGAAUGCUCACAACCAAGCAAGAGCUACAGUGAGGGUUGGUCCCCUCAAGUGGAGCGAGCUUCUGGCCAAGGCUGCGAGCCAACUUGUGAGAUACCAAAGGGACAAAGCGGUAUGCCGGAUGGCCAACUUGGAUGGCAUCGAGUUCGGUGGAAAUCAGUUUUGGGGUGCUGGCGUGGUGGGGAGGUGGACGCCGCGCAUGGCCGUAGAUAGCUGGGUGGACAACAAGAAGUACUACAACUACGCCAAAAACUCCUGCAUGCCUAACCAAAAAUGCGGUACAUAUACGCAGGUGGUAUGGAGGAAUUCAACGGAGCUUGGUUGCUCUCAGGCUUGGUGCAUCAAGGAAAAAUCCAUCCUCAUCAUCUGUUUCUAUAAUCCUCCAGGGAACUAUAUAGGAGAGAGACCUUAUUAGACACAUAACUUAAUUUAUUAUAUGUAGCUCGGUCAGAAUUUAGAGCCUCUUGGUCCACUAAAAUAAUUAUGAUCCAUUCUAUACUUCCACAUAAAAUGUACUUUACCAAGUUCAAAUUUUAAACCAAUGCUACCGCCAUUUCAUAUGCAUUAUGCAACUUAUAUAAAUUUAUAUUCAAUCUA